CAUGGGAAACAAUAAACAUAGUAUAUAAUAGCCCCUCUCUCUCUCAAUUCUCCCGCUUGCAAACCUAAAAAUUUGCUUCCAUUGCUCGCUCUCUACUAAAACCCUAGUUUGUUUCUCCUAUCUUCUGCGUAAUCAGCAAUGGAAUUUUGGGGUGCGGAGGUGAAAAGUGGACAACCUUUAUCUGUACAGCCGGGAGAUGACAUGGUUUUGCAUCUUUCACAGGCAUCUCUUGGUGAGGUGAAAAAGGAUAAAGCAUCAGAACCUGUAUGCUUGUCUGUAACUAUUGAUGGCAAGAAGCUUGUUCUUGGCACACUCAGCUUAGAUAAGCUGCCUCAACAACAAUUUGACCUGGUUUUUGAUAGAGACUUUGAACUAUCACACAACUGGAAAAAUGGUAGCGUCUACUUUUUUGGAUACAAGGCUGCCAACCCAUUCGAGGAUGAGGAGGAUGUAGAUGAAGUUGAAGAUGAGUCUGAUGAGGAAAUACCCCUUUCAAUUGCAAACAAUGGAAAGACUGAAGCCAAGGCUAGUGCAAAGGAUUCUGCUUCAACUAAGCAGAAGGUGAGGGUUAUAGAGUUUACUAAAGUUGACAAGGCGGAAGAUCAAGAUGAGAGCACUGAUGAGUCUGCGGAUGAAGAUGAUUCUAUGAUGGGGGAGGAUGAAGAAGGUGAUAGUGAUGAAGAUCAGUCUGAUGAGAGUGAGGAGGAGACACCAAAGAAGGCUGAACCUAGUAGAAAGAGACCUGCAGAUUCUGCUGCAAAAACACCUGUUCCUGAUAAAAAGACAAAAUUCUUAACUCCUCAAAAGACUGAUGGUAAGAAAGGUGCUGUUCAUGUGGCAACCCCUCACCCCUCAAAACAGGCUGGUAAGACUCCUGGAAACAAGCCAAACCAGACUCCAAAAUCUGGCGGAUCACUUGCCUGCAAGACAUGCAACAGGACUUUUGGUUCUGAAAAUGCUCUGGAAUCUCACUCGAAAGCUAAGCACAGCGCUGGAAAGUAAAUAGGAGUAGAAACAUCUGCCUUGGGAUCUGGUUUCGUUUUCUCAAACGUUGGAGGGAAUGAUAAUCAGAAGAGAGUGUUAGCUUUUAGAAUAUUGUUGGUUGACCCUAAUGUAAAGCAACAGUUAGGUCCAGUUUUGCUACUCAUUGGUAUUCUGUUCGAGAUGAACUCUCUGGGUACUAGUGAAGGUUUACUUUGAUUUCGACUGCUGUGUUGGUUGAUAUUCUACUCGAAUGAAUGGUUAUUACCUAUUUGGUAUUUUGCUACAGGUUUAGCUUCUUUGUUGCUUGA